AUUCCCUCUAUCUGGUGUCCCACAGUACACACUAAGUGGAAAUGCAAUUAUUUUAGUGAAUAUAAUUAUUUUAAGCAGUCUUGUGACUUAUAUCAGUGUCCAACAGAGCAUAUGUUAAAGCUUGUUAGAGUAGUUUUCAUUCUGCUGUAGGAGGAUACAGAACCCCUGACCCUUUCUCUGGACAGUGCUGACUGGCCCUGUGCUGAUCACAUGCAUUCUCCCAAGAAAAAAAAAACCUCUCUAGCAUUACACACCAAACUGAGCAUGUGCAGAGUGUCUCCACACGAUAUGUCUUAUCAGGAGAUAGGAGAGGGACACUGGAAGAAGAGGAGGAUCAGAGAAGUCAGGAUAAAUCAGCCUUUUUACACAAUGCAGAGGAUUAACCCCUUAGGUCCCACAGUGAGUAUAACAAGCAUGCUUUACUGCAUUUACAGACUGAUUUUACUGUUGUGGGUUUAG